UCCAAGUAAGAGUAUUGCGUCACCGUCUCCCAACGCAACACCCACGUGCUUCGCGCUCCUACGGACGUCCUCAUCUCCAUUUUUCUGUGAUAUCCUAAACUUCAAAUACGAGUCCUACCGAGAGCUCGUUUGAACACUUGCACUCUUGGAACACGAACAGUUGUAUUUAGACGAUUCCAAAAGGACUUUUUGGAAGUGAUAGCUAACGAAGGCGGCAUCUUAUAAGACGCCCGGUACAAGAUGAGGAGAUCUUCAUUCUGAAAUAUAGAGCCCAGGGUGACAUCCAAGAUGACGAUGAAGCCCGCAGCGGAGACAGAGAGAAACACGAGCCCCCAGGACUGCGCUGGUUGCGGGAAGCGGAUUAAUGACAGAUACCUCCUGAAGGCGCUCGAGUUGUACUGGCACGAGGACUGUCUCAAGUGCGGCUGCUGCGACUGUCGGCUGGGGGAGGUCGGGUCCACGCUCUUCACGAAGGGCAACCUCAUUCUCUGUAGGAGGGAUUACCUAAGGCUCUUCGGUACAACGGGAUAUUGUUCAGCGUGCUCAAAGGUUAUCCCCGCCUUUGAGAUGGUUAUGAGAGCCAGGAACAAUGUGUACCACCUUGAGUGCUUCGCUUGUCAACAGUGCAACCACAGGUUCUGCGUGGGCGACAAAUUCUACCUGUGCGACAACAAGAUCCUGUGCGAGUACGACUAUGAGGAACGCCUCGUCUUCGCAUCCAUGGCCUGUACUCCGUCGUCACUCGCUCAGCUCAAACGCCAGAUCGGUGGGCUUGAGAGCCCCGCGGCCCUCGACGAUUCCCGCAAGCCUCCACCCUCCACCACCUCCACCUCCACGCCCCUCCAACACGGGCCGCUCCACCACCACCACCACAACGCCACGCCAACACAGCAGCAGCCUCCUCCACCUCCUCCACCACAGCAAUUACCUUCACAGCAGCAACAGUCGCCUCUCGUGCAACAGCAGCAACAGCAACAGCAGGCACCUCCACCACCGCCCCCCCAACGCCCGAUGGUCACGUGAUCAUCAGUGUUGCUCAGAACCGAGAUGAUUUGGUUCUAGAAAGAUCAUCUCGAUAGUGAAUAUUGAUUAUGAUUAUUAUCAUUUCUCUCGUAUUCAUAAGCACUGCUUAUGCCUCUUUGUUUGAUUGGAAUAUAUGUUAGGAGAUUUUUUAUAUAUAUAAAUAGAAGUAUAUAUAUUUAUUAUUUUCUCAGUGGAACUGUCGAUUCGAUUUACAAAUUCGAGCCAAAAUGAAAGGCAAAAUUCUGAUAGAUGAUAAAAAUAUGUUUGUGUCGCAUCCCUCUCGCUUAUCAAAUUGUAAAAUACCCAGUGACAACCAAAGAAAGAUUCUAGUCAUUUAUGUCCUACAUCCUCACCACAGUUUCAUAAUCAUUGGUUUUAUGAAGAUUAUUGUCACGAAUAAGCAUCGACUAGAGAUCUCAUGUAUAAAGCAAUUAUACGUACUGUGUACAUAAAGCAGAUCCUUUCCUUCCCCUCCCUCGCCUUUUUCAAGAAAAGAAUAUCUCAAAACGACAAAAAAACAACAUAUCGUUAAUAAUAGAUUGUCAUCCUUUUCCCUUCCCUUUCCUAAUUCCACCUUUCUCUUUCUCUCCCUUUUCUCUCCAAUUGAUCUCACUUGUUCCUCAUCCUCCGGUCUUCGUUUCGUGGUAUAUGUCGUCUAGCAUAUCGAUGUCUUGUAAGAAAAAAAAAGGUUCGAAUCUCAGAAUUUAGAAUCCCUGGGUUUCGAUUCUCUGAGUUUUGAAUAUCUGAGUUUCGAAUCCCAAAGUUUCGAACCCUUGAGUUCCGAAUCUCUGACACCAUCGUAUUCGAAGCUUUGAGGAUCUGUUCAUAGGGUACAGAUUUGAGUUUAGAUUCAAGAAAUGAUGUUCAAUUAAGGAUGAGGAAGUGUUCAUGAUAGGUCAGACUACAAUUCAGCGCAGGGAGCAUUUCAGAAAGUUCAGGCAUAAGUUUAGAAUGAUGAUGAUCUGUUCGUUAAAGUUCAGGCUUCAUUUUAGAUUUUCAUACCAUAUAUAUCACUGAAUAUUCACGUUUUUUUUUUCGUUUGGGAUUCGUGAAACUAAAUAUGUAGGUGGGAGCAGGCGGUUUGUAGAUGAUGAGUUUGCUAUGUGUGAACGAAAGAACAGUGAGCGUACAUUUAGAUAUAUAGAGCAGACAGUCUAGGCACAGCUAUCGCCCUGAGAAUUUGAUCUGAUUGUGAAAUUAGAAUACACACAAACAGAGAGAGAGAGAGAGAGAGAGAGAGAGAGAGAGAGAGAGAGAGAGAGAGAGAGAGAGAGAGAGAGAGAGGGAGGGAGGGUGAGAAAAAAAAGAGAUUAAGAUUCAAAUGACUAUCACAUUUUUAAUUAAGUAUGUGAACAUAUAGGGCCUAGAGGAAUACAACGCUUUCUUUAUGUCUAUUACUGGUAAAUAUGACUUAGGCAAGGUCAUUGUAAUGUGAGGACGUGUGUUGA